CUCCUUCUUCUCCCUCCACAGUUCCUUUCGACUUGGCACGUUUGAACAUUCCUUCGAUAGUUGACUGGUGUCGAGUCGAGCCACCUCACAUCCUGUUUCCUCACUACCCAGUCGACGUAUAUAUAUCCCCCAUACGUGAUUCCCCACACUCUUUCUACGAUGUCUAUGCUUGUUUUGAAUGCAGAUGUUUAUAAUGGUUAUGACCCCUCCGGUUCGAAUGUCGUUACGCUCAUUGAUACCUAGCCAUGAACAUGAGGAUGCAUCUUUUGGAAAUUCUGUUUUUACUCAGCUUGAAUGUUUUGCAUGUUAUUCUUCCCCAAUGUCUUUAUUUCCUGCUGCUAUCUGGAAGGACCCUCCAGUCGAUUCAAUGAUUUGCUUGGUAAUUCGCUUGAGCUCUUUGCUUUUUUUUUUUCUGUUUUUUGGGUCACUUGCAAAUCUGAAUGGAUGUUUCUCUAUUGGGUUGCUGUUUUGCGAAUAUUAAAACCUAAUAUGCUUAAUUUGGAAUAUGUUAA